GAUAUGAGCGCGCAAGCCCACGUCUGCUCUGAGAACGCGCCCCGGCUCAGAACGGAGACUGCUAGUUUUCUACCUCUGUCACUGCCAUACCGUGAAGCGGUGUUUCGAGCCAUGUGCGCGUUUUGAUACGGAUUGAAAUCUGGGCCAUUGCUGAGACGUUCCUGGCUUUUUAAUUUGGCAACGGGUGGGCCUCGUAUGAUGGGAAUAACGGAAGAUAGACUUUAAUGUCGUAUGCCUUCGGGGAAAUAACUGAUAUUGAUGAGGACAGCGGUGAUGGCCGUGUUCAAGCAACAAGAAGUUGAGGACUUCUAUGAAAUUGGGGAGGAACUGGGAAGCGGUCAGUUCGCCAUCGUGAAGAGAUGCCGGGAGAAGAGCACGGGGCUGGAGUACGCCGCCAAGUUCAUCAAGAAGCGGCAGAGCCGGGCGAGCAGGCGCGGGGUGCGGCGGGAGGAGAUCGAACGGGAGGUCAGCGUCCUGCAGCAGAUCCAGCACCCCAACAUCGUCACGCUGCGCGACGUCUACGAGAACCGCACCGACGUGGUGCUCGUCCUGGAGCUGGUGUCUGGCGGCGAGCUCUUUGACUUCCUGGCCCAGAAGGAGUCGCUGAGCGAGGAGGAGGCCACACAGUUCAUUAAGCAGAUCCUGGAGGGCGUGCACUACCUCCACUCCAAGAAGAUCGCACACUUCGAUCUCAAGCCUGAGAACAUCAUGCUUCUGGAUAAGAGCUUCCCUCUGCCUCGGAUAAAGCUCAUCGAUUUCGGGCUGGCUCACAAAAUUGAGGAGGGAGCUGAAUUCAAGAACAUUUUUGGGACCCCUGAAUUCGUUGCUCCAGAGAUAGUGAACUAUGAGCCGCUGGGAUUGGAAGCAGACAUGUGGAGCAUAGGAGUCAUCACCUACAUCCUAUUGAGCGGCGCCUCUCCGUUCCUCGGCGAGUCUAAACAGGAGACACUGGCGAACAUCUCGGCCAUGAGCUACGAGUUUGACGAGGAGUUCUUCAGCCACACCAGCGAGCUGGCCAAGAGCUUCAUCAGACAGCUGCUGGAGAAGGACACGCGGAAAAGACUUACUAUUCAGGAUGCCUUGAACCACCCCUGGAUUAAGUCCAACGAGAAAAAGGAGGAAGCCAAGGCCCCCGAAGCGCACAGGAAGGCCGAACGGCGGCAGCUGAAGACCAAGCGGUUGAAGGAGUACACCAUAAAGUCCCACUCCAGCAUGCCUCCCAACAACACCUACGCCAACUUCGAGCGCUUCGCCCAGGUGGUGGAGGACAUCGCCCUGAUGGAGGCGAGCUUCAGCGCGGUGGCGAGCUCGCGGGCGGCCCUCCAGGAGGACAUGGACGCCCUGGUGUCCAUCUACAACGAGAAGGAGUCCUGGUACAGGGAGGAGAGCGAGAGCGUGCGGCACGAGCUGUCGCAGAUCCGCUACGAGUUCCGCAAGGUGGAGGCGGUGAAGAAGAACCUGCAGCAGGACGUGAGGGCGGUGGGGGACAGCCUGGCGGGCGUCAGCGGCCGCUACCGCGAGAGGAAGUCCCACCUGGACGCCCUGCGGCAGGAGCUGUCCUCCGAGCUCAAGUGGGUCCAGGACGUCAUGAGCUCCUUCCAGGUCGGAGGGGUCGGCGGAGGCAACGGCGACUUCCCCAACGGGAGCUUCUCCUCCGUCUUCAACAACGACGUCAACGAGGCCCUCAAGGAGCUCCUCAACCGGCCCUGCGGCGGGGAGCUUCUCUCCGGGAUCAACCUGGAGAUGACGGGCCCUGGCCAGCAGAGAUAGGCUGAGGACAGGGUGGAUGAAAUGAGACACAGGCCUCUAGUUUGAAAAUGACUCUGAAAAUGACUACUCUCUGGCUGAGGACCCCCACCUCAUUAAAAUGGUUAACAUCUCGCAUGUUUCUACAUAUGGAAGCAAGUAAUGUAAUUAUUGAUAUAGGUAGCUAUUUAGUGCAGCAUAAGUAUGUUUUUCAAAUCAGAUGACAUCUGAAAGUCUGGAAUAUGUGAUUUAUUUCGAAUUUAUAAAUAUACACUCGGUGAGCACUUUAUUAGGUACUUAUUAAGUAUUCUACUGCUGUAGGCUAUCCACUUAGAGGUUUGAUACAUUGUGUGUUCCACUGUUGUAAUGAGUAGUUAUUUGCAUUACUGUCACCUUCCUGUCAGCUUUGACUAGUCUGGCCCUUCUCCUCUGACCUCUCUCAUUAACAAGGCGUUUCUGCCCACAGAACUGCUGCUCACUGGAUUCUUUCGCACCAUUCUCUGCAAACUCUAGAGACUGUUGUGCGUGAAAAUCCCAGGAGAUCAGCAGUUUCUGAGAUACUCAAACCACCCUGUCUGGCACCAACAAUCAUUCCACGGUCAAAGACACUUAGAUCAAUUUUUUUUUCCCAUCCUGAUGGUUGAUGUGAACAUUAACUGAAGCUCCUGAUUCUGAUUGAUUUUAUGCAUUGCACUGCUACCACACUAUUGGCUGAUUAGUCAAUCAAAUAAAUAAGUAUUGUUCCUAAUAAAGUGCUCAGUGAGUGCAUAUAAUGGAUUCUUAAUAUACAUCACUGAUAACUGGUGCUAUAAUUGACAAUAUUUAGAUAAUAAGCCAUUUAAACAGAUGAUUAUGAAAUAAAAAUACAGUACCGUAUUUACAUAAAAUAGAUUUGUGCUGAACAGUCAUGCACUUCUUCCCCUAGGGUUGUAUUUAUGAUAAUGGAUAUGUUACAAGAACUUGACAUCCAUGUUUUGUAGAGUUAUAUGAGUAUACAGUGUUGUCUACAAUUACAUCCAAUAAAUGUACAUUCUAUUUUAAAAUCAAUUUUUAAAUGAUAAUUAAAUGAAUUAUAUUGCCACCUGAAUUAAUUUUUCAUGAUUUUUAUGAAGCAAAGCAUGCUCACUUGCCCCAAAAGCACUCAAGCUUAUGAUUCAGCACUACUGGAUACUGGGUAAUUCAGUAUUAUUUGGCCAUUUAUUUAUUUAUUUUCAUUCUCCAUUUCUACCAAAAGAACUGAGGCCAGACAUGUUAAUUCCCUUUAUUGAGGAGGAACUAGAAGUCUCUGCACUGCUGUUGUCUUCAGUGCCUGUAUGUACUGGACUGUAUUUCCAUUCCAGGCUAAUUUUCAUACUGAAGCUCUCUGUUGCUUAUAUUCCUCUGAAAUGUAGAUAAAAGCCUUCGAUUGUGCCAUGAUAAAGUGAUACAAUCCUGCCACCUCAAUUCACUUCAUCACAUUUGGAAUUAGAGAUGUGACAGACAAUGUCCAGAGUAUUUAAUUCAUACAUGUACGACUAUUAGCUAUUGACAUUACUUUAAAUGUUUCACCAAUUUUUACUUAUUUUAGAAAUUAAUUGUACAACUUUGAUAUAAUGUGCUGUGUGAUUUCUAAUAUGAAACACAGUCAAUUUGCAAUUUAAGGUAAAAUCCCGCCACCUUAAUUUGCUCUGCUUGCACUAUGUAUGUGUGUAAUAUAGUCAUAUUUAUAAUUCCUGUAAGACAACUAUAACACAUUUCAAAGCAUUGCUUCAGAAGGUACAUUUUAUUAUGAUUAUUCUGAUAUCUCUUAUGCCGUAUAAACAAUACUAAAGUCAACAGACCAGUUCUUAUGUUGUAUGCAUUUAAAGCAAAAACAAGCAAGGCUACUCAUUUGAACGCCAAUUUUAAAAUGCAUUACUAUUUAAUACCAAUUGCUUGUGCCUGUGUUUUUUCUUGUGCCUUUGAAGUCAGAAGGCAGUGUCAUUGUACGAAGCUGUACUAAGUACAGUACAUUUCCAAUAUUGGCAGCACAUGACAGUCAUUCGGACAGCUGUUCCUGGGCAAUAUGAGUGUACAGAUAGAGGGAAGGAACAGAGAGUUCACUCUGGAUGCAGAGGAUGUCUAAAUGGCUUUAUCUAGCUGUAGGUACACUUGUAACCUUUUGUUUUACAAUCUCUCUUGUCAUGAAGACAAAAAAGGACUUUGAACAGUCAUUCACUGCAGUUCUUCCCCUAGAUCAGUGGUCCUCACUCCUGGUCCUUGAGAGCUGCAGGGUGUGCUGGCUUUUGUUACUCUGCACUUAAUUGAUCAAUUAAAGCACUUCAUUACACAGUUAAUUACACUCACCUCACCUUGUUUCUUUGGGUCUGAAUUGGUUGCCGAUAUUGAGGCAAAAACAAAAACCAGCACACCCUGUGGCUCUCCAGGACCAGGAGUGAGGAGCAUUGCCCUAUAUGGACAGACAGCAGGGCUGUCUUUAUGAUGCAGGAUAUUGUUACAAGAACUUGACAUCCAUUAAUUAUUUGUAGCAUUCUAUGAGAUUGCAGGACAACAGUUCUUAUAAUGGUCAAAUCGACACCAGAAGCCUUUCUUGUUUUGUGUAACAUGGCAGCCAAAUUAUUUUCUUUGGUUCUUCAAUAAACGUGUAUACGCCUGUGUGCCUGUAUGUAUGAUAGUUGGCUGUUUGCUCUCACUGAUCUAAGAGUCUGUGC